AUGGUAUACGAAGGAAAACGAUUAGUUUCCUGCCAUUGUUUCUUCCUGUUAACAGCCAAAUUCUACUGGAUACUCACUUUGAUGCAAAGAACUCAUGGCCAGGAAUAUGCCCACUCCAUCCGACUGGAUGGGGACAUCAUCUUGGGAGGACUGUUCCCUGUUCAUGCAAAAGGCGAUAGAGGGGUGCCUUGUGGGGAGCUCAAGAAGGAGAAAGGGAUCCACAGACUAGAGGCAAUGCUGUAUGCAAUCGAUCAGAUUAAUAAAGACCCUGAUCUUCUUGCCAAUAUCACCUUAGGUGUCCGGAUCCUUGACACGUGUUCCAGGGACACUUAUGCAUUGGAGCAGUCCUUAACAUUUGUGCAAGCGUUGAUAGAAAAAGAUGGUUCAGACGUGAAGUGUGCUAAUGGUGACCCACCUAUUUUCACUAAGCCAGACAAGAUAUCAGGUGUGAUAGGUGCUGCAGCAAGUUCUGUGUCCAUUAUGGUCGCAAAUAUUUUAAGACUUUUUAAGAUACCUCAAAUCAGCUAUGCAUCUACAGCUCCAGAAUUAAGUGAUAACACCAGGUAUGACUUCUUCUCUCGAGUGGUCCCACCGGACUCCUACCAAGCACAGGCCAUGGUUGACAUCGUGAUGGCCCUUGGAUGGAACUACGUGUCGACGCUGGCUUCCGAAGGCAACUAUGGAGAGAGUGGCGUGGAGGCAUUUACUCAGAUCUCAAGAGAAAUUGGAGGUGUUUGCAUUGCUCAGUCACUCAAAAUCCCUCGAGAACCAAGACCAGGAGAAUUUGAAAAGAUCAUCAAGCGCUUGUUGGAAACUCCAAAUGCUCGAGCAGUGAUCAUGUUUGCGAAUGAAGAUGAUAUUAGGCGAAUACUGGAAGCAGCCAAAAAAGCUAAUCAAUCGGGACAUUUCCUCUGGAUUGGCUCAGAUAGUUGGGGGUCAAAAAUUUCACCAGUUCAGCAGCAGGAAGAGAUUGCAGAAGGAGCAGUAACCAUUCUGCCGAAAAGAACAUCAAUAGAUGGAUUUGAUAGAUAUUUUCGGAGCCGAACACUUGCUAACAAUCGAAGAAAUGUAUGGUUUGCAGAAUUUUGGGAGGAGAACUUUGGAUGCAAGUUAGGAUCACAUGGAAAAAGAAAUAGCAAUAUCAAGAAAUGCACAGGCUUAGAAAGAAUUGCAAGAGAUUCAGCCUAUGAGCAAGAAGGAAAAGUUCAGUUUGUAAUUGAUGCAGUAUAUUCCAUGGCCUAUGCACUACACAACAUGCAUAAAGAUCUCUGUUCUGGAUAUAUUGGUCUAUGUGCAAGGAUGAGCGCAAUUGAUGGUAAAGAACUACUUAGCUAUAUCCGGGCAGUAAACUUUAACGGGAGUGCUGGAACACCUGUUAUCUUCAAUGAAAAUGGAGAUGCUCCUGGACGCUAUGAUAUUUUCCAGUAUCAAAUCACCAACAAGAGUACAGAAUACAAAGUAAUUGGUCAGUGGACUAACCAACUUCAUCUAAAUGUAGAAGACAUGCAGUGGGCCAAUAGAGAACACACUCAUCCAGCAUCUGUCUGCAGCCUACCCUGUAAAGCUGGAGAAAGAAAGAAAACUGUGAAGGGAGUGCCCUGCUGCUGGCACUGUGAACGCUGUGAGGGGUACCAUUACCAGGUGGAUGAAUUCAACUGUGAACUGUGCCCCAUUAAUAAGAGGCCCAACGCCAACCGUACGGAUUGCCAGCUUAUCCCUAUAAUCAAACUGGAGUGGCAUUCUCCUUGGGCCAUUGUGCCUGUCUUCAUAGCUAUUCUCGGUAUAAUUGCCACCACCUUUGUGAUUGUGACAUUUGUCCGGUACAAUGACACACCGAUCGUCAGGGCCUCUGGACGGGAGCUCAGUUACGUGCUCUUGACUGGGAUUUUUCUCUGUUACUCCAUUACUUUUUUAAUGAUUGCGACUCCUGAUACAGUGGUCUGCUCGUUUCGAAGGAUCUUUUUAGGACUUGGCAUGUGUUUCAGCUAUGCUGCCUUGCUUACCAAAACAAACAGGAUUCACAGAAUAUUUGAACAAGGUAAAAAAUCUGUCACAGCUCCCAAAUUUAUUAGUCCAGCUUCCCAGCUGGUGAUCACUUUCAGCCUCAUAUCCAUGCAGCUUAUUGGAGUCUUCAUCUGGUUUGCUAUCGAUCCACCACAUAUCAUCGUAGACUAUGGAGAGCAGAGGACACUUGAACCAGAAAAUGCCAGGGGAGUUCUCAAAUGUGACAUUUCAGAUCUUUCUCUCAUUUGUUCCCUUGGAUACAGUAUUCUCUUGAUGGUCACAUGCACUGUUUAUGCUAUUAAAACAAGAGGGGUUCCAGAGACCUUCAAUGAAGCAAAACCCAUUGGAUUUACUAUGUACACAACCUGCAUAAUUUGGUUAGCUUUUAUUCCAAUCUUUUUUGGUACGGCCCAAUCAGCAGAGAAGAUGUACAUCCAGACAACAACACUUACUGUCUCCAUGAGUUUAAGUGCUUCUGUGUCUCUGGGCAUGCUCUACAUGCCCAAGGUUUAUAUUAUCAUUUUUCAUCCAGAGCAGAAUGUUCAAAAACGGAAGCGGAGCUUCAAGGCUGUAGUGACAGCUGCCACAAUGCAAAGCAAACUGACCCAAAAAGGAAAUGACAGACCAAAUGGCGAGGUCAAAACUGAACUGUGUGAAAGUCUUGAAACCAACACCUCCUCUACCAAGACAACUUAUGUCAGUUACAGCAAUCAGGCAAACUGA